AUGGCCCUCUUAGCUUCUUCUCUCAACUUCUUGACAAUCUUCACUUUCGUAAAGACAUCAUCUUUACGAGAAAAACCUUCGAACGUUCUUGUUCUUGGCUUGGCCAUCGCUGACUUCAGUGCUGGUGUCAUUGCACAGCCUGCUUUUGUUUCCUGGAACAUUUAUAUCUUUUUAUCAAGUGACGAUAAGUUGGAGACAACUCAAGAAAUAGUAUUGCGCGUCUUCCACUCAAUAUCUAAUGUGAUACUCUUAGUGUCAUUUUUGAAUAUAAUUGCCAUCACUGCAGAUCGAUUCCUGGCUGUUUAUCUUCACUUGCGAUACCAAGAACUUGUCACAACCAAACGAUGCGGUAUAGCAUUAGCUUGUAUUUGGGUAUUUUGUCUAGCUUUCAAUGUGGCGACUAGCAGUUUAAUGCUUGUUUCUUAUGAGGGAUAUAUAGUGUUCCUAACCCUGUAUAUUGCUUUGGGAGUUAUAAACAUAUUUCUUCUUGUCAAAAUCUCUCGAGUCAUCCGGCGACACUCGGUGCAGAUCCAAGCCCAACAGCAAUCAUUACAACAGUCUAUAGACAUGCCCAGAUACAAGAAAUCCGUGAAAACUAUGACACCAUCUGUGCAAGCUUUGUCUUCUAGUGUCUUGGUUCUUGGUCUGGCCGUCUCGGACCUCCUAGUCGAUGCUGUCGUGCAGCCUCUUUUUUGUGUCGUCAAAUACGCUGAGUUAAAAUUUGGCAAAAACGCAGAUGUAUCGCAAACAAUCGGUAAAGUAUUUCAUUUAAUGUCUUACCAGUUGGUUUCUGUUUCCUUCCUUACGUUAAGUGCUAUUACUGCAGAUCGAUUCCUGGCUGUUCAUCUUCACUUGCGAUACCAAGAACUCGUCACAUGA